AUGGCCGACACAGUGGGUAAAGUUAUUAAAUGCAAAGCUGCUGUUGCUUGGGAAGCUAAAGCACCAUUAAGUAUUGAAGAGGUAGAAGUCAGUCCACCAAAGGCUGGUGAAGUUCGCAUUCGUAUAAUUUAUACUGCAGUUUGUCAUACCGACGCUUACACUCUUGGUGGACAUGAUCCGGAAGGAGCUUUCCCUGUAAUUUUAGGCCAUGAAGGUGGUGGAAUUGUUGAAAGUGUUGGAGAGGGCGUCACAUCCGUUCAACCAGGCGAUCAUGUUGUUCCGCUUUAUAUACCACAAUGUGGUGAUUGUAAAUUCUGUAGACAUCCAAGGACAAACUUAUGCGGUAAAAUUAGAAAUACUCAGGGAAAAGGUGUUAUGCCUGAUGGCACAUCUCGAUUUAGAUGUAAUGGAAAAGAAUUAUUGCAUUUUAUGGGGACGAGCACCUUCAGUGAAUACACUGUAGUUCCAGAAAUUUCAGUAGCUAAGGUUCACCCUGACGCCCCCUUGGAUAGAGUUUGUUUGCUUGGUUGCGGAAUCUCCACCGGAUACGGUGCAGUUCUUAAUACUGCUAACGUCGAAAAGGGCACUACUUGCGGUGUUUGGGGCCUUGGUGCGGUUGGGCUGGCUGUGAUUAUGGGUUGUAAAGCAGCAGGCGCAUCACGUAUUUUUGCCAUUGAUAUAAAUUCAAGUAAAUUUGAAUCAGCUAGGGCCUUUGGAGCAACUGAUUGUGUCAAUCCAGCUGACUAUGAUAAGCCUAUUCAGCAGGUGCUUGCUGAAAUGACUGACGGAGGACUUGACUAUACUUUUGAAGCUAUCGGAAAUGUGCAUACCAUGCGAGCUGCUUUAGAGUCGUGCCACAAAGGUUGGGGAACUUCAGUAGUCAUCGGUGUUGCAGCAGCCGGAAAAGAAAUUUCAACCCGACCGUUUCAACUUGUCACUGGUCGAACAUGGAAAGGAACAGCUUUUGGAGGUUGGAAAAGUCGCGAUAGUGUACCAGUGCUUGCAGAAAGAUAUAUGAACAAAGAACUUAAGUUAGAUGAGUUUAUUACCCACACCAUGUCAUUGGAAAAUAUCAACGAAGCCUUCAACUUAAUGCAUGAAGGAAAAAGUAAGGACUGUUGGGAUUAUUAA